AAUGCUAUAGAAAAUAAUUGUGGCAUUUAGUUCUACAGCAAAUACUUUUAAAAAUAAAUCUAAACUAACAGAAUUUUAUAAGGCAAUUCAUCCAGAUAUGUUGUAAAAUGCACCUGAUAAUGUGAAAAUGGAGAAUACAAGAUCAUUAAAGAUUCUUAAUAAUUAUUUUGAUGCUGUUUCAUAGAAUGAGCGUACAGAACCACAAGAAUUAGUUUUUUAUAUGGCUGAAAAGUAAAAUACUAAAGCUAGAAAGUUUUUACCAUUUACAAUUGUAUUGGAUGCAUAUUUAGGAAAGGAUUAAUAAGGUGCAAUAGAUAAGUAAGUAAAUGAGAAUUUAUUAUAGAGUGACAACUUAAAUAAGGGAAUAAAUAAAUUAGAAAUAUUAGGAAAUCAGAAAGGAUUUUGAAGAAAAGCAUGCUAAUCCAUUUGUUACAUAUACAAAUUAAUAUGAAAAAGUAAAGAAAAACUUUUUUGAAACAACAACAUCAUUAAAGAAAAGAUCAUCAACAAAAGAAUCUGAGUAAUUAGCAUUAAGAGCAUCUAUCUUUUCAGCUCAAAUGUAAUCAGAAUAUGACAAUUUUUUAAAGAAUGCAAAUUAAUAAAUGAGAUAAGCUAAUAUGCCUUAAAUAAAACCUAGAUUAUGGGCUAGUAUAAUGCUUGAUAAAUGUGAUAUGAUACCUAACUUAUUUCAAAUAUUUGAUUAAUUGAUUGAUCCAAGAUUAAUAUUUUUUGAUCAAGAUUUAACUUAAGAAUAAAGUGAUAUAUGUAUGGAUAAUUUAUAUGAUUAAAAUUAGUUGUUGAAAAAAUGAUACCAAAAACAACAAAUUUGAUGAAUGUAUAAGCAUUAUCUCCUUUUUUCUCAAGAUUGGAAAAGUCUGAUCCUUAGAUAUGUUUAUAUGUUACAAAAAAAUAUGGAGCAAAAGACAUUCCAGGAUAUUUUAGUGUAAUAAUUAUAUUAUAUAAUAUAUUAAGAUUCCAUAUAAUUUUGAUGUUUAAGAAAUACAACAAUAAUUUGGAAUAUAUUAAAAGCAAAUUAAAUAGGAAAGAGAAGAAUAUGAAUAGGAAUUGAAGAAGUAUUAAUAAUCAUUGUACAAUUUGGCAGAUCGUUAUUACAUUACUAAUAUUCAAAAUGAAGUGGUAUAAUAAAUUGUAUAUAUUAUUAAGUUAUUAAAAAAUACAGAAGUAGUAAAGAAAUUAAAUUUAAGUUUACUAAUAUUAUAAAAAUAAUUAAAUGAAGUAAAUACUGAGAGAUUGAAUAAUUUAAGAAUGAAAUAAUGGGUAUUGACAGAGAGUGUUAGUAAGACAGUAGAUAGUUUUGAUCAUUUCUAUAUACCAAUUCCAUUUAGUGGAACAAUUUGAAU